AUAUCUUCACUCUCAAGUCUCACAAUAUCCUCUGAUCUGAGUACAAAAAUGGGAUUAAGGGCUGCUGCACAUUCAUCAUCUUCUUCCAUAGACAGCAGCAACCAUCCUGAUCUUGAUGGUCUUCUGAUUCCUAAGCCUUCCGGGUCGUCGUCUUCUUCCUCUCUCUCUCACAAAAUCAAAAUCUUCAAUGGUGGUACUAAUUCUCGUAACAGUCGCAGAAGCAGUCAUACCAGAACAGAUUUGAGCACUGAUCUCAGACUUGGCCUCAGCAUCUCACCUUAUCAUCACUCUGACUUGUCUUCCACUACUUCAAGCCCAAGGGAAGAAGCAUUGUUAAGCUGGCCGCCGAUCAAAUCGAUCUUGAGGUGCACACUUUCAGGCAAAGCAGAGAAUUUCCAUCAUCAAAAUUCUUCUCUAUUUGUGAAGGUGUACAUGGAGGGAAUCCCAAUUGGUAGAAAAUUAAAUCUGUUUGCUCAUGAUGGUUAUGAUGCUUUGAUCACAUCUCUGAGCCUCAUGUUCAAGACCACCAUUCUUUGUCCUGAUAAUAAUCAUGUUCAUUCAGAGAAAUAUCAUGUCUUAACGUAUGAAGAUCAAGAAGGGGAUUGGAUGCUAGUGGGUGAUGUGCCUUGGGAGAUAUUCUUGACUACGGUGAAAAGACUGAAGAUCACUAGAGCAGACAGAUGUUAGCUACAUUA